AGAUAAGUGUUCACCUAAAAGAAAUGGUCAUUUUUAUGUGGAAGAAUUUACUUCAAACUACAAAAGAAAGGAUACUCCAGCAGAGAAGGAUGUCAGUGUAUAGCCAGACUCAUGGCUAUCAGGAAGAACUGAUAAAGAAGAAACUUCAGCAGUUUGCUGGUGGAUCCAUCAAUCUUACCAAAGAAGACAAUGGCAUUGGAAUACUUACUUUGAACAACCCGAAGCUAAUGAAUGCAUUUACAGGUACUAUGAUGCUGGAACUUCAGGAGAGGGUAACAGAACUGGAAAACUGGAAAGAUGGCAAAGGCCUUAUUAUCUAUGGUGCAGGAAACACCUUUUGCUCAGGAUCUGAUUUGAAUGUUGUCAAAGCCCUAUCCAACUCCCAGGAUGGGAUGAAUAUGUGCAUGUUUAUGCAAAACACCUUAACCAGACUUAUGAGAUUGCCUUUGAUCAGUGUUGCACUAGUCCAAGGAAAAGCUAUUGGAGGAGGAGCAGAGCUUACCACGGCAUGUGAUUUCAGAUUGAUGACACCUGGCAGUGAAAUUCGAUUUGUCCAUAAGCUCAUGGGUCUGGUGCCAGGCUGGGGAGGAGGUGCCCGGCUGGUGCGGAUCAUCAGCAGGAGGGCUGCCCUCCAGCUCCUCAGUGGGGCUACCAGGGUGGACCCCGAGAAGGCUUUGCACCUUGGGCUGUCGGAGGAGACACUCUCAUCUUCGGAUGAAGCUGGAGCGUUAGAAGAAGCCCGAGCCUGGCUAAGUCAGUACACAGAGGGUCCAGUCAGCGUGAUUCGGGCUGCAAAAGAGGUGGUGGCAGUGGGAAGAGAGCUACCACUGGAAGCAGCCCUACAGAGAGAGAAGGACAUUUUUGGAACUCUGUGGGGUGGGCCUGCCAAUUUGCAGGCACUGGCUAGAAGUCCAAAACAUAAAUGACCGUCAGUGCAUAAGAAAUGUUCCUGGCCUUUUUGCAAACAAAGCUUUCGCUAAAGCAGGCAUUUAACUGAAUCAUUUAGGGGCUUCAUCAUUUAAACUGACAUUAACAUUCCAAUCGUUCGCAUCAGGCAGACAUAUUUGGUGUGCAACCACAUAGAAAUCCCCUGCAGAUUCUUUGCUGUCCUAAUCAUUCACUGAAUGGAGAUGAGUGAAAUUAGU